UAAACGCAGCACUUCCGCCCUCAGACUCGGGUGAAAUGCCAACAGUCAAGGGUUUUCGCGCUUACCAUCUGUUAGCCAAUCAGAGUCUGCSGGACGACCGACCCUCCCUGAGCGCACGCUCAUUGGUUGGCUCUAGCAGUCUGCAAAGAGGUCUGGGUUUUGUAGCCAGGUGUUGGCACCGAGCUCCAGCUCGGAGACGGUGCACGAACCCAUACUGUUGGCGGGCUCAAAGGUGCCUCGCUGUCGCCGAAACAAGCAUGUUGUAGUCCUAGCUACCCAGCCCUCCCCGUGGUUCGCGGUUACAGAACUCACCCCCAGCUUCGGCCCCUGACCUACAACGUCCCGAUGGGUCCCACGGGGAGCGAAGCAAGGCCGGAGCGUUUCUUCGGYGUCUACCUGCUCUACUGCCUGAACCCUCGGCAUCGGGGCCGCGUCUACGUGGGGUUCACGGUCAACCCCGCUCGUCGGGUCCUGCAGCAUAACGGCGGUCGCAAAAAAGGCGGGGCCUGGAGGACCAGCGGGAGAGGGCCCUGGGAGAUGGUGCUUAUCGUGCACGGCUUCCCAUCUGCGGUGGCCGCCCUUCGGUUCGAGUGGGCCUGGCAGCACCCGCAAGCCUCGCGUCGCCUGUCACACGUGGGGCCGCGCUUGCGAGGCGAGGCAACCUUCGCCUUCCACCUUCGAGUGCUUGCGCACAUGCUGCGCGCGCCACCCUGGGCGCGUCUCCCGCUCACACUGCGCUGGUUGCGCCAGGACUUCCGCCAGGAUCUCUGCCCUCCCCCGCCACCACAUGUGCCACUGGCCUUCGGCCCGCCGCCUCCCCKGGCCCAGCUUCCGAAGCGCUGCGCUGGGCCUGUUGUAGACAGGGAGCGUGAAAAGGACCCGGGCGCACAAUCCUGUUGCACUCUCUGCGCCCGCACCCUUGAGGACGAAGACAGUCCCCUGUGUUGCCCUCACCCUGGCUGUCCCCUAAAGACCCAUGUGAUCUGCCUGGCAGAGGAGUUCCUUCAGGAAGAGCCAGGGCAGCUUCUGCCCCUAGAGGGCCAAUGUCCUAGCUGUGAGAACUCACUGCUUUGGGGAGACCUGAUCCGGCUGUGCCGGAUGGGCACUGAGGAGGAAGAGGAUGGCUCAGAAUUAGAAGAGGAACACUGGACAGACAUGCUGGACACCUGAUCCUCAGCCUCCCCAACCCUGAUCCUAUGAUUUUUCUGUCCCCCAGUGGCCACCAACCAUACUGGACAAUUUUUAUUUGAAUACAAUAAAAUAUUUUGA